AUGGAGACGAAGAUUCAACAGGGAACAUCGAAAAAAACUGAGCCUUCCUUCAGUUAUUUGCUAAAUAAAAAGUCAGAGAAUGCAGUGGUUAGGACAUGCCAUGAGAAGAAGUGUAGAAGAAACCAUCAAAGAAAUAGUAGAAUAAAACCCAGUAGGGAAGUGACAUAUGGUAGACCGAAAAAAAAGUGGCCGGACGUAGUAGUGGGUGGUCUUAAAGCUUUAGGAGUGCAAGAAUGUCGUGAUACCGGCAAAAAUCCUAAUAGAGCUAUAAAUGCCAGUGAUGAUGAUGGUUAUAUUAAAUUAUAUUAUCGAUAA